CCCUGCUGCCCCCUCCCCCAGGGAGUGUUUGUGCAUGAGCAGGACCUGCAGUCCCCAGCUUGGCUUUAAAUGAAAAGAAGCAGGUUUUUGACCAGAAGCAGCCUAACACUGAGCCAGUAGAGAGACUGCUCACAAGCAGGUGACAGGACCAUGGGUGACACUCAGAAGGGCAGCCUUCAUCAGGAACUUCACCAGGAAAGGAGAGCUGAACUCCAUCUGUUCCCCUCCAGGAAGCUCAUGGGAGAUUCCCUCCAGGAGGCUGAUCAAAGACAGGACCACAAGCAGGAUCUGAAAAUAGAAAGUGACAUGGAGACAUGUUUUCCAAAGAGACAGGGAAUGGCACCUCCUUAUGGGAUGGAAGUCUGGGAGUGCAAGGAGAGUGGUAAAGCCCACAUCAGCAAGGCUGUCCUUGCUGGCGACGAGCCAGACCUGCCCAUGUGUGGGAACGGUGCUGUUUGGAUUCAGCAGGUGGGGGAGAAAACCUACGAGUGUCCCGAGUGUGGGAAGAGCUUCAGCCGGGGUUCAUACCUGAGCCAGCACCAGAGGAUCCACCUGGCAGAGAAGCCCUUCGGCUGCUCCGAGUGCGGGAAGAGUUUUGCGCGCAAUUCGGACCUGAUCAAACACCGGCGGAUCCACACGGGGGAAAAGCCCUACCAGUGCAGCCAGUGCCACAAGACCUUCAGCCAGAGGUCAAAUGUGAUCAGGCACCAGCGCACCCACACGGGAGAGAGACACUACCUGUGCAACGAAUGUGGCAAGAGCUUCAGCCAGAACUCGCAUCUCAUUGUCCACCAGCGAAGCCACAAGGGUGAGAAACCCUUUAAUUGCCCGCGGUGCGAGAAAAGCUUCAGCGACCGCUCCUCCCUGAUCAUCCAUCGGAGGGUGCACACCGGAGAGAAGCCCCACAAGUGCCAGGAGUGUGGGAAGCAUUUCCGGGACAGCUCGGCCAUCAUUCGGCACCAGAGGAUUCACACGGGAGAGAAACCCUACGAGUGCCCGGAGUGUGGGAAGACCUUCCGGCAGAGCUCCUCGCUGGUGACCCACGUGCGAACGCACACGGGUGAGAGGCCCUACCAGUGCCCCGUGUGCGGGAAGGGCUUCAGCCAGAGCUCGGCACUCAGCACUCACCGCCGGAUCCACGGGGAAAAGGCCUUGCCCGUGUGCCAGGGCAGCCUCCUGCCCGGCCCCUUCCAGUGCAUCGAGUGCGGCCGGAGGUGCAGCGACCGCUCGGCUCUGUCCAAGCACCAGAGCCUGCACGGCGAGGAGCGGCCCCACAUCUGCGUGGAGUGCGGGGACAGCUUCCGCCGGAGCUCAGCUCUCAACGUGCACCUGCGGAUCCACCGUGGUGACAGACCCUACAAGUGUGAGGAGUGUGGGAAAACCUUCCGGCACAGCUCGGCCCUCGGUGCCCACCUGAGGAUCCACACGGGAACCAGGCCCUACAGGUGUGUCGAGUGUGGGAAAACCUUCCGGAAAAGUUCAACACUUAAAGUGCAUUUGAAAAUCCACGCAGCCAAGAAACCACAUAAAUGUCUGGUGGGUAGAAGAAUCCUCACCUCCCACUCACUUCUGCCAUAAGCCUGGAGUGCAUGUUCAGAGCAGGAAUUAAAGUCGUUUUUGGGGGUACCUGAAUGCAUGGUGAGAGCCACAGUGGGAAGAGACUGACUGGAGACGUGAUAUAUCUGGUGUUAGGGCUGGGUACUUAACCCCAGAAGCACAAAAAACUUCAGGAGAUGUGGAAACAGGGAGCUAGUCCCAAGAGCUGAGUGCUGGGGGUUUAGGAAGAGUGCCAAGAGCCUGAGGAAUGAGCACCAGCUUCAGGGUAAGUGGAUACUGUGAAUAUAUGCUAGAAUAAUAACUGGGAGAAUUUGGCUUGUAAAAUACAGCUAAGGUCAAGAUCAAAAUAAAGUGUUCCAGUUUGGUUCUGACUCAAAACUUUGGCUUGUUAGAUGCUGUAGUAGACUUAGGAA